ACCAAUACAACCCUCUUGCCUGUAUUGCCCAUUCUGAGUCUUCCCAAACGGCCUGUGCUCUCUUUCACCCCCCAAUCCUCCCAACAAUCCACCACCAUGUCUACCAUCCCCCUCCCCUACCUCCUAGUAUUCCACUACGUCGAGCCCCUCUUCGCCACCCUCGGCGCUCUACAAGCCCUCCUCUCUCCCGGCGCCUUAGUUCAUAUGUCGCUCCCGAGCAUCUCAUACACGCCCGCCCUGCGUCCUCUCUUCACCCAGCUCGCGGGCUCCUGGCUCAUGUUCGCCUUCCACGAUGCGGUCACGCUGCGGAUCUACCGGGACGACGUCCGGAUCUGGAGGCAUAUCCUUGGGGCGGCUAUCUUGAGCGAUGUUGGGUACACGGCCAGUCUGGUACAGAGCAUGGGGUGGGAGUGGUUCUUGAAUCCGCUACGGUGGGAUUUGGUGAAUGGGUUUACGAUUUUGAGUACCGUUGGACCGUUGGUGGCGAAGGUGUUGUUUGUGCUUGGGGUCGGGGUUCCGGGGGAUCGGAAAUUGGGUAAAAAGGGCAGGAAGAAGGAGUGAGAGACCUGGUAAUGGGUGGAUAUGGAAGUAGCGUGGGUGAGGUAGCUUGGGUUUUAUUCACGUGCGUAUCAAUGUGUUCAGGAUACGCUGUCUAAAGGUCACUAGUUCCCCGUCUACGUGUUGAGGGAAUCGGAGUCGUGGCUCGAAUGUAAUUUAAAACAAUACCUACACGCAGCAAUACAAUGCAAUUAUGAUCCU